AUGCGCAAGAAAAUGAUGUGGUUGAUUCUAUUUUUAACAUUGCACGCGGCUAUUGGACUGUUAUACAGCGUUCAGUAAGUAUUCGGAGUAUAUUAUAUACCUAGGUUUAUUAUUUUAAACUGUAUACUGUUUAAAAUACUAUAACCGGGUAUAAUAGCCGGUUUAAGUAAGUAGAUUUUAGGUUUUAGGUAAUUAUUCUGCGACCGAAUCUUAAAAAAAAUUGUGUACUUUUAUUCAUCAAUAAUAAUAUAUUAAAAUUAAAGAAUAUAUUUGAUAUGCAAUCUAUAAUAUUUAAAAUUACACAAUAUUUGAAUUUUAGACUUGGAGCGUUAUGAGAGAUCUAUUGGUGUUAUUAUGAUGUGUUUUUUUUUUUGUAUCAGUGAACAACUUUUUUACCAAAAAAAUUAAUCUUAAGUGUCAAGUAUAUCACGUUUUCUGAAAGGUAAUUGUGUCUAGUUGGUUCAUUGAGGCGUUAAUAUUUUGUUUUUUAAGGAGUUUUCAAAAUCAAUGAGAAAUUGUGUAGUAACACGGCAAAUAUUUACGGCGUACUACGGCGUUACCGUUUCCAUUGUUUUUAUCUUUUACAACUUAAGUUUUCUUCUAGAAAUAUUAUUCCAAUCGAAUAAUGAUAAUUCAUAUUUAAUUACAAGUGAAAUAUUUACCUAGUAUUUUAUCAGUGUUUUUAGCUAUUUGACAUUUUAUAAUUUUCGUAGUUUUUAUUUGGAUUUCUGUCGAAUUUGGAUUUUAAUUUAGUAGUCCUUAUGGCACUAUAGAAAUAUUGAAAUUCUGUAGCCAUGAUUUUUUUUUUUUUUAAUGAUCAAGUUUUAUUGAAAAUUUUAAAAAUGUUAGCAUUAAGCGUAUUAAUUUUCGUUUUUAAGUGAAUACAAUUUUUAGUCCAGGAAAAAAUACUCGAAAAUCUGUUGUUAUGCUCAAAAAAAGUUCUAUUUACUGUAUUAAUGUUUUUUAUAUGUGUUUAAAGUUCAAGUAAAUAGAUAUUUUCUGAUUUAUGGGUAAACAAAUAGGUACCUAUUUUCUGAUUUAUAUAAUUGAAACUAAUAAAACUUGUUAUGGUUUUUUUAAAAAUGAAAAAAAAAAAUACGAACAACUAUAAUUUUUUUUGUUAUUAUUUAUUUUUUUUUUUCAUUAUUUCCAUAAAAUAUAUUGUAGUACCUACCUAAUAAAUAUUAAAAAAUAAUAUUUACUGUAAAAUAAGUUCAUAAAUGUGUUUGACAGAUUGAAAAAAAAGGACAUGACAUGGGGAUGUGAAAUACGAUACUCAACUCUCUCCCUCCCGUAAUUUCGCCGCUAAUGCUGGUACACUACUAUGUAUUACACGAUAAUUUCCAUUAUAUAAACGUGUAAAGCACAUCUUAAAAUAUAAUACAAUACCUAUAUACAAAUUAUAAACUUAUAAUUAGCUUAUAAUAGGUUUAGUUUUCAGAUGUAACAAUGCACGCCAGAUUUUAAGAGGAGAGUAAGGGCUCUUAAAAAGAUUUAUUUAAAUAGACAAAAAAUAGAUAAUAAUUAAUAAUCAUCUAAUCUAAUUUAUCUAAUUUUUUAGGAUACAUAAAGUUAGGUAAUCAAUUAUUAUUUUUCUGGAAGCAACGAUAACCAUUGCUAACGGAAAACGAUUGUGAACGAAGUUUGUUUAUCAAAUUAAAAAGCCCUAAUAUUUACGAUUUUCAUCAAAAUUUGAUCUUAAACCAUUAUAAGAAAAUUAAUACAUUACACAUUACAUUUUUUUAAUAAAAAUUAUUGCUUAUAAUGACCUGCUGUAAAAUGUUUAAAUAUUUAUACUUGGUUAAAUAAUAAUAUUCAUACAUAAUUUUAUUACUGAAGAAAAAAAACUUGCGGAAAAAAAAUUGAAAAUUCCUUUUUUUAUGAACCAGCAAUGCACUCACUACUUGGAAAUAUCAUCAAGUAGUAUGUUAGAUAGCGGUUUGCUAUCAUUUAUUAUAUAAAGUACUGAACACACGUACAUAUUUUUUGGGUUGGGGAUCAUCCUCCUCAAAACAAUUCUUUCCUUACAUCCAAUAAGUAGUAGAAAUCGGUUAGCCGACGACCCGUUUAUUCCACGUCACUUUCCUUAUUCUUGCCCAUCGGGAUGGAGCUAUCCCUUGUCGGCGUUGCCUCUCGCGCUCAACUUCAACAUUAGCGGCCAUUACGUCUUUUGAGAAACGAACCACGGCUCUCCAGUUUUCCCGGUUUUCUAGAAUUACGAGGAUUAGUUAACCCGGGCUGAAAGUUCUAAUCACGUGGACGAGGCGUUUCCGUUCACUAUCCAACGCUUCGCAGCAAACGAGUGUGGAACACUUCGUCCUCCUCCACAGCGUAACCGCCAGAUGGUCCGGUGUGGGAGUACCCGGCCGACGGGUCGUGGUUGAUUUUGUGAAGGAACCAUAAGAAACAGCCGUGCCUCGUUUGUGAAAUAAUUAUAACUAUAUGGCAUUAAUAAAUAAAAUAAAACAAAAUUGAAAAAAUGAAACCAUUAAAUAUUCGCCGAUAACUAUUUCUCAUUCUCUUUAUGUUUUUUCCCGGUUUUUCUCAUUUAAAUUAUACACAGAUAAUCAAAAAAACAAUUUAUUGAUUCACCUACUAGAUCCAAAAUACAACAAAAAAUGCAUCUUAUCAUUUUUUGAUUGUAUUAAGAUUUCUGUAGAAAAAUUGCUCACAGGCUCAACAAUUACAAAAAAAACACGCAUCAUUGUAAAACCAAUAAAUCCCUCCUAAAAUCCCUAAAUAUUAAAAAGAACAUAAGUAUGUUAUUAUUGCAUUUUUUUAAAUAUACUGAAAGUUUAAAGAGCCCUGUGUUAUGUUAGGUAUGUAAAAACCUAAUAUGCACUUGUAUACAGUAGAAGCUGCUUAUUAGAAACACUUUUGGACCGAGGUGAAAUGUGUCAAUUAACCGAUUGUUUCUAAUAAAUGAUUGGUUUUAUUUAUUUUUAUGAAACGAAUAUAUAGUUUAAAAAAAUUAUCUACUAUGAAAAAAAAAAAUUAUUUUAUACAUUAUCUAAUAUAAUAUGUAUUUACCGACGAGUCGAAGCACAUAGUAUAACUUUAAAAUAACUCGCACUUCUUUUCCAAACUAAAAUCUCGACGUUUAGACAUUAUAGAUUUCUAGACAAAUCAAAUUCGAAUCUGUACAUUUAGGUACGCAACUCGGAACUGAACUAAACGGUAUCGCUAUUCGGGAAAUAACAUGGUAGAACAGUAGGUACUGUACUUACGAUAAAGAACAAUAAAAAUAAAAUAAAUUAUAAUUUGACAAGUGGAAAUCAGUACAUUGGUUAUCGCCAAACAACCGAAUUUCGUCGUCAACCAUGGCCCUAAUUGUUUCAAAUAACCAACGUGUUGUUUCAAUAAUCCAAUUGAUUUUCAACGUUUUGAUAUACAACCGGUCCGUCCCUAUACAUUUCGUUUCAAUAACGUGAUUGUAUCAAUUAUCCGUGUACUAAAUAAGCGGUUACUACUGUAUUUUAAAAUAAUGUAACUUUAGGCCACGCUUUCGAUCAGAAAAUGGUCAUUUAUACAUCGAAAGUUCUACGAACCGUAACAUUACAAUAGUUAUCAAAGGACAAGGAUAUAUUAACGUAAACAACGAAAAUUUACUUCAAGUACUCGGUCAGGUAAUACUUAUAUUUGAUUGAUUUAUUUGUUUAUGUAGCUAUGAAUUAAAACGAGUGUAUUUUAUUAAAGGCUAAAGAAGCGUGGGAUGUAGUUGAAUCGUUUCGUACCAACGAUUUGCCCGCGUUCACGGAUACGAUCAAAAAUAUUUUACCUAUGAUCGACGGUCCCAAAAGUUUAACCAGUCGUGUGACAGCUCUUGAAAUGCAAAUGGUUAACAGCACCGCAGUGUCUACAUUGCCCGCCAAGGGGGUAAGAUUAUUUAAUUUGAUGAUUAUUGUUAUAGCCAUGUAUUAUAUUAAAUUAUUGUAAACGUAAUUUGAAUGAUAAUAAAAUGGUGUUGUAUUGUUAUAGAAAGGUGGAAAUAUUCCGGCCACCGGCAAACUAAGAGUCAGAGUAAGACAAGUCUAAUAUAUCAACUCUAAUAUUUAAUAAUGAAUAAUACAAUAUUAAUGUUCGGUCAUGUAUGAUUAGAUAAAUAAUUUAGAAAAAAGAGUUACCAAUCUCGUAAACCUCUUAUCGAUCAGCGAAUGCUCGAGUAAUCCGUGUCAAAACGGUGGAACGUGUACGGAUCUGUAUAACGGAUUUCAAUGUAAUUGUCCGCAAAAUUGGCAAGUUAGUAUUUCGAUAAUUUAAACCUAUUAUACUCAACAUAAUUCAGUGAUUAUUCAUUUUCGAAAAGAAAAAAAAAAUCACUAAUAACAGUAUUGCAAGCUACCGUUUUGCUUGCAUAAUAUUAUAUACAUUUAUUUUAUAUUCUACUACGAUAUGCGUUUUUGUAAUUUUUUUUGUUCAGUAUGUAAACAACUUUUCUACCAAAAUGUUGUUUGCCCCGAUAAUCAAAUACUAAGAGGUAAUGGGUUCUAGUAGAACAUUUUAUCUAGUCGGUGCAACGAAGAGGUUAUUUCUCGAUUUUACUUGUAGUAUUCUUAAUAAUGGGAAAACCUAAGAAAAGCUGUCAGGAAAACUGUUGUAUUUAUACAAUAAUGGUUUCUGUGAUAUCCGAUUUUGAUUUUCUGUUGUAAUUCAGUGCAAAAUAAUCGUAGAGGCUGGGAAUUUCACUGAAAACUUAUAUAGAGAUACAGCUCUUCCCAGACAUGGUACCUACAUAAUAAUAUCAAAAUAUUCUGACAAUUUUGCAGUAAUUUAUAGCCAUUUACAUAUUUUCUAGUCUUUUAAGAGUUUAAUGGAUUUUAUGAAAUUAAAACUAAGUGAGCUUCAAUUGUAAAAAAUGACGAAAAUAUCGAUAGAAUCCAGUAAUCUGAAAAUGCUUCAAACCACCUAAAAAAACUGGGCUUUAGAAGAAACACCAUUUCCAUACGUCAGCUGAAGUAUUUGUGAACAUUUUAUUGUUGAACUGGGUCUAAGUCAGAACCAAUAUCGAAUAGCUAAUAUUGCUCGAGAUUAUUAUCACUCGUUUUCAGAACGCAAUAGAAAAUUCUGGGGAGUUAAAAUUAAAAUUCGUAUUGAAGACACAUUCGAUGUUAACUUACCUCCAAUUUAAACGUAAACCAAAUUGAUGCAAGUUUACAAGCUGCACUACUAGUCUCAUCGUUUUAUUUACACACCUCGUAAACAUAAAUACAUGAUUUAUGUAGAUACAUACAAUUUUGUAUAUCUUCCACAUUAUACAAUCCUAGAUCCGCUACUUGUGUAAUUCAUCGGAGUAUAAGCAAGUACAGCACCUAUUUGGUAUAAAUGUAAUACCUACUUGUUGUUAUAUAGGUUAUAGAUAGAACAUAUGAAUAAAAAUAAUCAUUUUGUGAAGUUUCUUAGUUUCUAUAUAUUACUUUUUAGAUUUAUAUGAUUUAGCACUAAUCAUUUUAAACAUUUCAAUGGUCGUUAAUACCCAUUAAGUAUGAUGGUUACACGAUUAAUAAUAUUAUAGUUAUAUAAUGUUUGUUUUACUGUAAAUUAUUAAUAUCCCAACAAAAACCCUUGGUCAAAUACGUGUAAAAACCUCGCUAAGAAAAAAAAAACCUCAAGUUAGAAAAGUUGUGAUAUCAAAAAAGGGGUUAAGUAAUUUCUUAAAUUCAUUAGUAUAAAAAUUGUUUAUAAUUGUUUGUAUUUGAUGAAGUACGAUGAUUUAAUAAAAAUAAUUUAACUUAGCUUGGUGGCUACUAAUAUUUACGACUAUAAAUAAAGAUACAAUGUCGAAAUUAAUAUUUACAUUCCCAUUUUAUAAUUUAUUAUUAAUACUACAUUACAUAUUAUGAGUAGCCGCCAAGUUAAGUUAAAUUAUUUUUAUUAAAUUAUCGUACUUCAUCAAAUACAAACAAUUAUAAACAAUUUCUAUACUAAUGAAUUUAAGAAAUUACUUAGCCCCUUUUUUGAUAUCACAAUUUUUCUAACUUGAAUUUAUUUUUUCUUAGCGAGAUUUUUACACGUAUUUGACGGAGGAUUUUUGUUGGGAUAUCACUUAUUUUUUUAAUUACAAUUUUGGAUAUAAUUAACGGGGGUUUUUUUUUCAAUCGAGUGAAAGAUUAUGGAAAGAUUGUUUUAUGGAUUGAGUAAAUAAAUAUAUGAUGUAUAGCUAUGAAUAUAGGUUAUUAUGAAUGUUGACAGAAAAUGGUAUUAUAGUAAUACAGCGGUAAAAUAAAUAAAUAAAAUUGUUUUUUAUUCAUCGCAAACGGCCACCGUCGCAAAUUAUCAAACAGGUGGUAACAACACGUACAGAAUAUAUAUUGUUGAAUUAUUGACAAAAAUAUUAAUUCGAGUAAAAACUAUGCUAAUACUGUUACAUAUUACUCAGGCUGUAAUCAUCCGAUCAACUUAAAAUUUACAAAAAUAUCAUACACAUAACACACUGAUCAACCUAUGUAAAUUUAAAAUCAAUCGGUCCAUUAAAUUUAGGCUAUAGAGCGGAGAUAGGACCAUUUGUCGUAAAAUUACUCAGGUUAAAUAGGACUAGACCUUCUCGUGUAAUAUACUACGGUCGACGCAAGUGUUCUUUUUUGUUUUACUUAGCUCUGCACCAAGACCGCGCUAGAUUUAAAAAAAUAUAAUUUGUGCACAGGGGAGACUGUGCGAGUUAGACGUAGAUGAAUGCGUGCGGUUCUUACACACAGAUUUGGGAUGCCAAAAUGGAGCCGAAUGUAAGAACACGCCGGGUAGUUACGAGUGCCUUUGCGCCCCAAAUUGGUACGGACUGCAUUGUACGAAAAAGAAAAACGAUUGUAAUUUAGCUACGUCGUCCGAGCUCUGCGGCAACGGCGUGUGCGUCAACCAAAUGUCGGCGAUUGGGUACGCAUGCAUAUGCAAUCAGGUCGGUGACCGGUCUAUGGACUGAUUUUCGUAAUUAUAAUAUUAGUUUUAUAAUAUAAUAUAACGUUCAGGGAUGGACGAUCGAUGACAGAGUAAGUAGUCCGGCAUGCACCAAAGACGUGGAUGAAUGCAAGGAAAACAGGCACACGUGCUCGGUAAACCCGCCUGUCGAGUGUAGGAACACGAGAGGCUCGUUUACAUGUGGAAACUGUCCAGAUGGUCUGUACCUACACGUAGUAUAAUACUAUAAUAAAUUUAAAUUAAUUUAUCCAAAAAUGUAAUUUUUUUUAUUCAGGCUACGUAGGAGACGGUUUCUUGUGUACAGAUGUUAACGAAUGUUUGAUCAACAACGGCGGAUGCAGCAUAAAUCCUAGAGUUAUGUGCAUUAAUACGAGGGUACGAUAAGUGAAAUUUUUUUUCCAUUAGAAAACAUUAAUAAAUUAGAUGACUGACGAUGUCACAUGAGCUUUAAAAUUAGGUGUGUUAAUAACUUUUAAUAAUCGAAAAACAAUAAUAUCAUAGUAUACUUGAUGAACAAAUAUGAUAUGAUAGGGAUUCCAAACGUCCUAUAUUGAAUCGAGCAUCCUGUAUGUCCUUCAUUAUUACAUUUUAUAAUUUCAAAAUUUGUUUUAUAAAUUUUAAAUGAUAAUAAUAUCUUGGUAAUUCAAAAAAUUCAAUUUACAAAAUACAUUUAGUGUAAAGAAAUAGAGAUUAAUAAUUGAAGGUCAGAAAUUAUAUUUUUAGAUUCUGAGUGGAGGGCAGAAUGUAUUGGGUUUAUAAUAAUGUUUUUUUUUCUUUAUUUUUUUUUAUAUUGUAUACACACAUUUUACUAUACUAUUUUUCAUGAGAGAAAGUUAGUGUUUCGAGUAUGCAAACUGAGCUACGGAUCGCUGCCGGAUUACACCUGUCCCGAUAGUAGUGGGAGCCCUUGGCGAGAUGCGGCGUGGGGAUGCGUAAGAAUGACUGGUUUUCGUCGAGACUCUCUACCGUUCUUUUGUGAAAAAUAGUAUAGAUAUCUUGCUCUGAUGUAGCAAGUGUAGCACUUUUCUUAAAAGAGAAUUUUAUCUAUUUGAUACUUUAAUGAAGUCAUUAUCCAGGUAGUUUUCAUAAUAAUUGGGAAAAACCGAAAAAAAACGUAGGAAAACGAGAAAAUUGACAAAAAUAUUGCUUUUUUAUUUUCAACUUUGUGUUUUUUGUUGUAAAUCAGUUAAAAAUGUUAGUAGGAACUUGAAAUUUGAACAGAAUAUUAUCAUAGUAUAUAGUAAUAAUAUACCAUGAUAAUAUAAUCAUAUAUAGUAAUCAUAAUAUUAUCAUAUUUGUCUUUUAUAAACGUAGUAACAUUUUUAAAAAAAAUUAAGCCAUUAUUGAGCUAUUUAUAGAUAUUUUAAUUUUGUUAGUUUUUUUUAUUUAUUUUUCGUAACCAAAUAGUUGUACGUACUUAUUGGCAUCCUAGUUUAAACUCGUGUUUCAAAAAAAAAUUGUUUGCACUUAUUUUUUCCCUUUUACCUAAACAGGGAAAAAAUGAUUGCACUUUUUCUGAAAGGAAAUUUGAUUGGAGAUGUAUAUUUGAAAGGUAAUUUUCCCAAGAGUAUUCCUAGUAAAUUAAAAAAAUUAGGAAGAACAUGGUAAAAUCACGACAAAUGCAGGAAAAAUGGAAAAAUCGAUACAAUAUUAAACAAACAUUAUUAAAGAAAAUAUAUAAUACCUAUUCAAUUAUUUUACCAUAAUAUGACAUAUAUAUUGUUGACAAAGCAUCACAAUCAACUAAACUGUGCUCUGAAUCGUUUUUUCGUUUGGUUUAUCGUUUUUUAUAAAUAAAAAUUAAGUUACCUAUAAUAGUGGCUGCACCUGUCUCCAUUAUCCUAGGACGUCUUUUAGAUUCUGAGUGGAGCAAAGAAGCUUAUAGUUUUACAAAAAUGUUUUUUUUUUCUGUGGAGAACUUUUCUACAAGAGGACUUGCUCCGAUUUUUACGUAUAGUACUAUUACUGAAAGAAAAUCGGUGUAGGGAGGUAUUUUAAGGAGGUCUAUUUUCUAAAGUGUUUUUUUCCAAAAAUGUGAAAAACCGUAAAAAAACGGAAAAAUGUACGAAAUAUAUUAAUGUACAAAUAUUACAAUUUGUUUUCUUGUGGACAAAUUUUUAACCAGAAAUUUUGCUCCAAUUCGUAACGAUAGCAAUAUUUAUAAAAGAAAAUUUGACUGGGGAGGCACUUUAAAGAAGUUAUUUUUCGAUUUUAUCAAGAGUUUUCUCAAAAAAUGUGAAAAACUAAGAAUAGGAAAAUAGGAAAAACAGGAAAACCGGUACAGUUAACAAAUAUUAUUAAAGACAAUAUAUAAUCCUUACAUUUCAAUAUUUUACUAUAAUAUGACAUAUAUUUAUUGUUGAUAUCACUAUAUCAACUAAAUUCCGCUCAGAAUAUUUUUUUCGUUAAUAAUGAUUAACCGUUGCUAACAGAUAUACAUUAAAUUGUCCAUAACAGUGGCGUCACCCGUCCCCAUUGUCCUAAGAUGUCUUUUUAUGUUUAUAACGUAUUAUGUUAAUUUGGUUUCAACGUUAUUUUACAUACAAAAAAACUACCUAAAAAGUAAAAAUUAAUUAUUAAAUUUGGUUGGACAACUAUUGAGUUAUGGACUAGUUUGAGCGCUACAUCUCUCCCAUUGCUUCUUCUGGCAUAUUUAAAAUAUCUCGUAUUAUCCCUAUAAUAUGAACAUUACAGUAGUAUUUAUCAAUCGACUGAAAAAUAACUUGUUUUUUAGAUUGUUUUAGCUUUUCUGGCUGUUAACAACUUAACAACCUUCUAUUAUAAAUUUUGAUCCAAUUGUCAAUUCAAGAGUUUGUUUCUGGCAGGAAAUCAUUUUUUUCAGAAUUUUUAAAUUUUUCUUGUAGUUUUCUUAAUAAUUAAGCAAAAAAGAGAAAAUGUACGUCAUAAUGUUUUCUGGUAUUUUCGAUUUCGUUUUUUUGUUGUACCAAAUCCAGUUCAAAAUCACCGAAGACUUUAUUUAUCCUCUAAAAACGUUAUCAAAUUUUCAAAACAAACCGACAGUUGUUGUGCUAUUUAUAAUCAUUUUAAAUUUUUAAAUUUUUUAGUUUUUUUUUUUUGAGUAAUUUAUAUAAGUACGUUUUGUUGGUUUAUCAUACACACUCGCAAAGUUCAUCGAAAGUUUUUCCUUGGGCUCUAUACAAAUAUUAAAAUGCGUGAGCGGCUGCGUCUAUACUGCUCGCUGACUUGACGGUCCGUGUGGCUCCAGCGGUUACCGCUAGCCGCAAAGUUGUUGACGUAUUUAGGAAAAUGUAUCCAUUGCAUAACAUGGAAGCAGUAAUCUGCGUCAAACGCCUUGCGUUUACGCUUCUGACGUGUCAUAGGAACCGCACCUAUUUAGUUGGUCGUUUAAAAAUAAUUAUUCGAUUCCUUUAGUUUGAACUUGAAAAGGAAACGUAACUUCAAAUUAUAUAAAAUAUCAUACUACUUCAUAACAUUUUUGAUUUAAUAUACUUUUCGUUUCAUCUUCAUAAAGGGUUCAUUUAUGUGUGGGUCGUGUCCACCCGGUUAUAGUGGCGAUGGAUUUAACUGCUUAUACGUAGAUGGCGGGGCUUGUGCGAUAAACAACGGUGGUUGUCAUCAAAACGCUGAGUGCAAAGGUAAGUCCAAAAAUAAUUAUAAUGUAUUUAUGAAAUUGGUAUUAAUUUGAGAAUAUGUACCUAAUUUUAGUUUAUGCCGAAACAACAAUUCAGUGUACAUGUCGUCAAGGUUUUAUUGGCAACGGAAUUGUAUGCGUUAAAGAUAGUUCAGCUACAAAUGUUUGCGCAAACAAUCCUUGUGGUCGUUACGGAUCAUGCAUUUCAAACAGAAAUAAUACUUUUUCUUGUGAAUGUAAUGAAGGAUAUAUAGGUGAUAAUUAAUUAUUCAAAAUUCCAUAAAACAUUACGAAUUUGUAUAGAUUCUCAAUUGUAUUUCAGGAAACACGUGCGAUAUUCAUAUAGAAGAUCCUUGUUUUAUAAAUCCAUGUCGAAAUGGUGACUGUAUUCCUGAAAUGGAAUCAAAUAAAUAUUCAUGUAGCUGUCACCCGGGAUAUUUUGGAAUUUUAUGUGAUUCAGAAAAAGAAAGUGAGUGAAAUAAAUAAAACUGCAUUACAAUCUAAAAGUACAUAAUUUUGUUAUUAUGCUAAUGUUAGUAUGCGGUGGGUAUUUUAAAACUCCCAAUGGCAUAAUACAAUACCCUGAGCCAAAUACAACAUUGAAAUAUAAUAAUAAUUUGGAUUGUGCUUGGAUAAUUGAAGUGGCAUGGACUUCAGUUAUAAAUAUAUCGUUUGAUUGGAUUGACCUUGAAAAUUCAACUACAUGUAACUUCGACUAUGUUUCGGUAAAAGUUUAAUAUUGGCGCACAUAUAUAUUUUUGUAUGAUUUUACAUAAUUAAAGCUGGUUUAGAUCUUAAAUAGCGAUUCUGAAGACGGAAAUAUAUUGGGAAAAUUUUGCGGUAAUAUUUUACCGGUGAACAAUAGUAUUAUAUCAGACUCGAAUGAAGUCAUUGUGCGUUUUCGAUCUGAUGGAUCUAAAAAUGGCCGUGGGUUUCAACUGAAAUACAACGCAACCGAUCCAAGUAAAGUUUAUAAUAUACACAACCCAUAUUGUAUAUAGAUAUAUUUUUAAUUUAUAAAUUAUGAAUGUAUUUUUAGUAUGUGGUGGUGUAAUAAAUGUUAAUUCACACGGAACGCUGUCCUCUCCGGGGUCCCCUGGAAAAUAUCCCAAAAAUCGAGACUGUUAUUGGACGUUGAACACUAUGCCCGGAAAAAGAAUACAAUUCAACUUUUUUCUAGUUCAAUUCGAAAACCAUGUGAAUUGUAGUUAUGAUUAUUUAGAGGUAAUUAUUUCACAUUCGUUCUCAACACACGAGAUACCGUUAUAAUAUGCAUUUAUGUUGAAUACAAUAAUAUACUACUCGUAACACAUAUAUUAAAAUAAUUGUUGGUAUAGAUUAGGGAUGGUUUUACUCAGCAAGGUCCUAUACUAGCUACGUUGUGUAAUUCAGUCGUACCACCUCCGAUUUUAACUUCUGGUUCACAUGCCAAUUUACAUUUCCAUUCCGACAAUUCAAAUCAAGACUACGGAUUUCAAAUGUCUUUCAAUAUAAUUGAAGGUACGUAUUUCUUUUAAAUCGUUUCACAAUAUUAUUACUAUUUAAGUAUUUUGGUUUUAAAACGUAACGUGCCUACCUAGUUAUUUCAAAUACUAACGAAAAUUUGUAUUAAAUAGGAAUACCUGGAUGUGGUGGUAUCUACACAAACCCUUCUGGAAUAAUAUCUUCACCAGUAGAUUUAACAAGUGACAACUACGAUAGUUUAGAUAACUUGAAUUGUGAAUGGCAUAUCAGAAUGCCUCUUAAACAAAAAUUAAAACUCGUAUUUGUAAAAAAGUUUGGUAUAAAAUUCUCGAAAAAUUGUGCAACAGAAUUUUUGGAAGUGAGUGAUUUAUAUUUUUCAAUAAUAAAUUAAUUAUUCAUUAUUUAAAGAAGUAAAUUUAUUACCUAUUAAUUAUUGAAAAAUCUACAUUUUAUUUUCAUUAAACUCGUGAUGUUUAGUUAUUUUAUAAAGUUCAGAAAAAAGAAAUGUACAGUAGAUUAAUUAUAGAAUGCAAUUACAGUUUUCUGCAUAAUUCAAAGUACUUUUAUUUGAAUUUUAAAAAAUUAUUAACACUCACCAGUUAAAUGAAAAUUAAAUUCGAUUCAUCAAAAUUUUCAAAAAAAUAAGCUCUAUAAAAUUGCUCUAUCUUCAAAUUUUUCAAAAAUAAUAAAAUAAAAAGUUAUUUUUUAAGUUUUUUAUCAAAUCAUAAAAAAUGAAUUGCAAUACUAAUUUUUGUAGUUCUUAUUUCUGUGAGUAAUAUGAAAAAAUCAAAAUUUAAUUAUCUUUAUUAUUUUCGAAGAUUUACGAUGGGUAUAUCUUCGAUGAGAGUUGGAACACUCUGUAUUUUAAAUUAAUCUUUAAAAUUCGUAAUAGGCUAGUGUAAAUAAGUUAUCCACUAACAUUUAACUAUUUGAAACAUUGGGUUUUUAUUUUGUUAUAGAUUUACGAUGGCACUAAUAUUCAAUCACCAUUAAUUGGUCGAUAUUGUGGAUCAGUUAGAUUUGAUCAACCGAUAAUCACAACUAGCAAUGAAGUAACCGUAUUAUUUAAAGCUGAUUUUUCAUCUAUAUCUGAAGGAUUUUCAAUUAAAUACGAAACAUGUUUGUAUAAAUCAUUUUUUUUUUUAUCAAUAUAAAAUAAUAUUUUAGUUUUAAAUUGGUUAUAGACAUACUAUUAAUUUUAAGUAGGUACCUACCUACUGAUAUAUACAGGAUACUAUUAAACAAUUUAAAAUCUAACCGUACAUAAAAAAAAAAAAUAAUGAUAUUUCUACUAAAAAUAAACACCUUGUUAUACUUGUUGGUUUUAAUUAUUUAAAGAUUGAUGUGAUAUAUAUAUAUUACAUCAAACAAAAUAAUUAAAUAAUGAAAAACAAGUAAAAUGAUUGUGUUUAUAAUCAAAUCGUUGAAGAAUAAUUUUCACACAGUUAUUUUUUAAAAGAAUUAAUUAUUCAUUUGUCUAAAAGAUAAAAUUCUAGUUCAAUAAUAGCUUGCAUUUUAGGUUAUAUUUAUUUUUUUAGGCAUAAAUGCAGUUUAGCUCUCCGGGGGUUUUUUUUUUCAAAAUACGUAUUUUUGCAUUUAUGUUAGUAAAGUUUUACUUGGCUUGUUAACAAUAAAAAGCAAGUACGAUAAGUAAACUCUGAUUUCACCAAAAUGUUGAGCAUAAAAAUAUUAACAUUUAAAAAAAAAAUAUUUUUAAUUUUUUUGUAUUUUUUACUUAAUACACGAUAUUUUGAUCGAGAAUUUUGAAGGCUUUUGACAUUAAUUUCUAAUGGUGGUUUGAGCGGCUUUUUUUAAAAGUAUCAUCAAAUAAAAUAUGGUAAAUCACACAUUUUGAAAAAAAUAACUUGGGAGCUAAACUCCAUUUGUUCUCUAUUUUAUUAUUAUUCCGGAUUCCCUAUAUUGUAUUUAUGAAUUUAUUAUUUGGAACAAAAUUUAAUUCCAAUUUGCGUACCUAUUUAAUUUUUUCUAUUCCUUAUUAUUAUUAUUUUGAUAUAUUAUAAUCUAUGGAUAUCUAAUGAUAAUAUCAGAUAUUAGCAUGUUACAUUGUUGUUGUUCGGUUUUGAAAACAAUUCUAAAAUUAAAUUAAUUUUUUUUAUUUCAGUAUGUGGAGGAAUAUAUACUGAUAACAAAGGAAUAAUUGAAUCUCCAUUUUAUCCAAACCCUUACCCACAAAAUAAAAUAUGCACGUAUCUUAUUGAACAACCGAUUGGCAAAGCUAUUCAAUUAUCGUUUUUGGAUAUGGAUAUUGAAGAUCAAUCACAUCCGAAUUGUAUUUAUGAUUCAUUAGAGGUAAUUCAAUACUAGAUUUUUUUAUUAAUAUAGAUAGAUAUUAAUAAUUGAAAUUCUAGAUUUAUUAGAAACAUAGAUAAUAAGAAAAUUAAACAGUCGUCAAUUAAUUAAGUAUUAUUUUUUUUAUAAAAUUUAAAAAUGUAUAAUUUAAUUAAAUUACACUUACAAAAUGGAUAAUAGGUAGGUACAAUAAUAUAAGCUCAAUCUACAACAUCUAUGUAUUUUUUAAAAGGGGGGAAAAAUUUUGUAGUUUAUAUAUGAAAAUUAUUUAAUUAAAAUUAAUAUUAAAUUAUGCGGAAUAUUUGUUCGUUAUUGAUUUUCGUUAUUUUUAUUACAUAAAAGCAAUAAUGAAUAAAGAAAAUCAUUUAUUUUAUACUUGGACAAUACAAAAUUAUUAUAAUUUAUUAUAAGUUUAGACUUAAGAGUUAAAUUUUUAAUUAAAAUCUUAAACCUAAUAUGCUUAUAAAAUUGUAUGCUUUUUCUUACAUAUAUUAAUUGUAUGGGAUAAACGUAUUCUAUUAUAGAUCAGAGAUGGAGAUAAUGAAAAAUCACCUGUAAUAGCAUUGUUGUGUGGACAAAUUGAAAAACUUUCUACACUUUCAUACAUAUCAACUCAUAAUUAUAUGUGGUUAAAGUUCACUACCGAUAGUUCUAAUAGUAACAAGGGAUUUCGGGCUAACUAUUCGACUAUUGAUAUAGGUAUGUUAACUAAUUUAAAAAAAAAAAAAUGUUAAAUUUAAUAUCAUUUAAUGUCAUAUUUUAGGGUGUGGUGGCAUUUUAAAGAACUCAUCUGGUAUCAUACAAUCCUCAAGACAUCAAGAAUAUUAUUUACAUGACCAAAUGUGUAAAUGGAUUAUAUCAGUAAAUGAAUCUAAUCGAAUACAAUUAAUUUGGUCAACAUUUUCUUUGGAAAAUCAUCCUAGUUGUCAAAACGAUUAUGUUGAAAUUUAUGAUGAUAGUAUUUUAGGAAAUGCAUCAAAAAUUGCUCGGUAAAAAAAUUAUCUCAUUGAAGUAUAACCACUAUUAAUUUAAAUUAACACAAAUUUGUGUUAUUUUACGAAUAAAUUCUUGUAUUUUUUCUUCAAUUAAUAUUAAUUUAAAGUGAAUCAUUAUGAAUAAUCAAUUCAUCAAUAUUCUCAAUUGAUAAAAAAUCGAUACCUAGUCUAAUGAUCUUUAAUAAUAUUUUUAGAUACUGUGGAACCAAAGUUCCACCUAUAUUAACAUCGUUAGGCAAUCGGUUAACAAUAAUAUUUAAAACUGAUCAUUCCAUAGAACUAGAUGGAUUCAUGUUAAGUUAUGUUUCCCUCAAUAAAGCUCAAGGUACAUGCAUACAUUUAAUGCCCAAUACAUUAGUACUUAUUUAACUAUUGAAUAUAAAUUAACUGUGUAGCAUGUGGAGGCAAUUUCUUCACCGUAGAAGGUUUUAUUGAAUCGCCGAAAUUCCCAGAUAAAUACCCUAGUCACAAGGAUUGUACUUGGGUAAUAAAUCUGCCCGUAACUAAUCAGAUUGAAUUGAAUAUUUCUCAAUUCGAACUCGAAACAAGCACUGCCUGCCGUUUUGAUUUUCUUGAAAUCCGGUUAGUAAAAUUGAACUUAAGUAUGUAUUCAGUGUGUUUAUGGUAUCUGUUAUAUUUUUAUAGGAAUGGUGGAUAUUCCACUUCGCCUUUAAUUGGCAAGUUUUGUGGAACUAUGAUUCUCCCGAUUAUAUCUUCAAUUGGUAAUUCCCUAUUCAUUCGAUUUGUUUCUGAUGGGUCGAGAGAACGCAAAGGUUUUUCUAUGCAGUGGUAUGGAGUUAUCAAAGGUACAAUGUUUAAGUUAAUAAAAUAAAAAUUAUAUUUAACAUAAAACAUAAUUUAAAGGAUGUGGUGGAUUAUUAAACUCUGGCACCGGACACAUUUCUUCUCCAAAUUAUCCUUUACCUGUACGAGAAACAUUAGAAUGUUUUUAUAAGAUAGUUGUCGCACAAGGUAAUCAAAUUCAACUCACCAUUUUGGAUAUUGAGUUAAUAGUGGGAAACAACCCUGUGAAUGCCUGUAUAGAAGAUUUUAUUGAAGUAUGUAUUGUAAUAUUAUUAUAAUUAUAUACCUAGAUAAUAUAAAAUAUAAACAAAUUUAUAAUAUUUUUUCCUUAUUAGUUGUUAUACCUCUACUUGUAUUUAUAAUUAUUAUGACAAGUGUUUUUUUUUUUUUGUAUGUAUAAAUAUACCUACUAACAUAAUAACUUACUUAAAUAUCAUUUGUAAUUGGAUACCUAUCAAAAAAAGGUUUUAUUUUAAAUAUUUAAAUGUAAUAUGUGAUCUAAAUUUAUUACGUUUUAAAUAAAUUGGAUGUGAAGGUUUAUAAUAAUAAGUUAAAUGUAUAAAAAAAUCUAUAUUUAAUUUAUAUUUUUACAGUUUUAUGAUGGUGAAAAUUCUGCUAGUAAAUCUCUCGGAACAUUUUGUUCGGUUGUUCAUUCCUCUACAAUAAUACAAUCAUCAUCUAAUAAAAUAUAUAUUAAAUUUAGAAAUAGUGGUUUUCAAAGAGGUAGAGGUUUCUCAUUAAAAUAUUUUACAGGUUUGUAAAAUAAAUCUAAUUUUAAAUAAAACGAACAAUAACGAUGUAACUAUGAAAUGUUGCCCUUGAUAGAUUGUAACAUAACAUUAAAAGGACAUCAAGGUGCUAUUGAACUAACGACUAAAGCAAAUGUGAAGACUGAUCAAUGUUCAUGGACAAUUAUGGCACCUCAAGGAAAUAAAAUUAAUAUAACUUUUACCUCGUUUUUCAUGCAUGUUAGAAUGAAUGUGUUUAGUCCACGCAUUGAUUCCAAGUGGAACAGUCAUUUCCUUCCAGGGUCAAUGUUAAAUCCAUUGGUCGGCAGAUCAGCACUUGGUUUCGAGAGACAAUUAAAUAAUUACCGUUGUAGCGAUACAAAAUUUAAUGUAAUUUCAAAUGUAUAAUUAUAGCACAUGCAUGUGUAGAUUAAAAUUAUAAUUUGCAUUCACAGAUAUUUGAAGGUCGUAAUAUAAAUGAAAUAAAUACAGAAUUAUGGAAAUAUUGUUCAUCGGAUCCUCCUCUUCUAAUAUCUUCAACAAAGGAUAUUGUAAGAAUUAGUUAUGUGUAUCCACAAAGUAAUUUAUAUUUGAAUAAACGUAAUAGUUUUCGUUUGGAAUGGAUUGUGGAUGGUUGUGGGGGCACGUUGAAUAAAUUUUCAGGAGAAUUUACAUCUCCUAGAUAUCCCCAAUAUUACCCUUCUAGUACUACAUGUGAAUGGAAUAUUGUUAGUGAAUAUGGAUAUAGUAUAGAGAUAACUAUAGAAGACUUAUCAAUUGAAACUUCAAGUUCUUGUACUAAAGAUUUCUUAGCUGUAUGUAGAAAGAUGUUUAAUAUUUAUAUAAUGUUACUAAUUAGUGUAUACCUAUGUUCUUUCAGAUUUAUAGUGGAAAUGAUGAUUCUGGUCCAGAACUAUUGCGCGUUUGUCAUAGACAAACAAAUCCAAUUACCAUAACACCUGGUGGAAAUCAAGCUUUUGUGAGAUUCGUAACUGAUUAUCAAUUUGAAAAUAAAGGUUUUAAAGCUACGUACGAAAUAGUUUUAACAAGUAUGUUUUUCUCUUUUUACUGUAAUGAUGCAUUAGGUGUUUGAAAAUUAGAUCAAUCGCAUUAUUUUUAUUAACGUUUAUUUUCUUCUUCUUCUUCUUUGUAAUCGACCAUUAAGAUCAUAUUGUCACACAAAAUUCCUGCCACUUCCCUCUGUCCAUCGCCAAAACAUGCCAAUCAGAAUCUGGUUUCACCAUUUCUACAUCCUUUUUCACUUUGACCUUCCACCUUAGUUAUGGUCACCCCAAAGGUCUCUUUCCUUUCAGAGCAUCGUAUUGAAUCAGCUGAAUUAACAUUUCCUCUUUUCUCCAUACAUGUCCUGCCUAUUGAAAUCUCAUCUUAUUUGUUUCCCUAAUUAUAUCAGGCAUUUGAUAAAAUUGUCCAAGUUCUUCGUUUUUUUGAAUUCUCCAUUCCCCUGUGAUUUCAUUUAUACUUCAUCUCACGAGAGAAAGUAUAUCGAUGAGAGCGCGGACGGAAUUUCUCCCAUUCUUGAUAUCUACGUUACGGAUGCGAAUGGGCAAAAUUGGUGGGAGAUGCUCAGCAAUGAACGAAAAAACUUAUUCCUUUCCUGUUUAGAUAGAGAAUAAAUAUGAUCCAAAAAUUCUCCUUUGUACUUUUAUUUCAAAAAUCAAAAGUUUGUUUUACUCAGAUUUUCGUAAUGUCCAUGUUUCACAACCAAACAUUACCUCUAGACGGAUGAGAGUGCGGUACAGCCGUAUCGUGAGGUUCUUUGAUAUUGUUCUAGCCUUUAACAGUAUACUUAAUCCAUAGUAAAAUUUAUUACCGGAUUGGAGUCUCGCUUUUAUUUUAGUAAGUUCAUAUUUUUUUUGAGUGAAAAGCGACCCCAAAUAUUUAAACUUUGUACUCUCUUAAACUUGCACGAUCCAACCUCUAGAUAUGGAUGUGCAUGAUCUAUGACCUCUUCUCUCCGCACGAUCUUAUAAUCAGUCGUUUUAGCAUUUAUUUCUAAACCUACUCUCUUACCCGUAUCCAAUCAUUGUUUUUGCUUGUUUAAUGAGAUUUUCCUUACUUUCCGUCAAUAAUACUAUGUCGUCUGCGUAGGCUAAUAUUCCUAUUAUGCGACCACCUAUAAAUAUUCCAUUGUUUUCAACAUGACUCUUUCUGAUGACUUUUUUCAAAGCUAUAUUAAAUAGUGUGGGUAACAAUACAUUCCAUUGCUUCAAAGCAGACGUGUCUGGUACUCCUUGUGAUAAAGUAUUGCCAACUUUAAUCUUGAUUUCCAUAUGCAAGAUAUUUGGUCUUAUGAAAAUUAUUAAUUUCUGUGGUAGUUUGAACCCUUUUUUUUAAAUAUAUUCAAGAGAGAUUCACUAUGUUUACAACCAUACGCCUUCUUGAAAUUGAUGAAUAAUACAUGCAUUUCUUUGUCAUACUCUCACAUUUUCUGGAAACUGUUUCAAAAUGAAAAUCUGAUCUGUAGUAGAUAUGUUUUGUCUGAAGCUUGCUUGAUAAUCAUUUAAUAUGUCUUCUGCCAAUGACUUAAUUCUGCUUAAUAUACACUUGGAUAGAACUUUAUAAGUAAUGUUUAAUAGAGCGAUGCCUCUGUAAUUAUCAUAUAUCUACGUAUCGCUUUUUUUGUGUAUAGGAUAUAUUAAUACUGAUAUUUUCCACUCCUCUGAUAUUAAUUCUUUUCCCCAAAUUUCUUUUUUACAUCAUACCAAUAUUAAUUUUUGUUUAAUGACAUAUUAGAAAAUUUGAUGCAAACAUAUACUUUUAUGAACGAUAUAGUGGUUUUUUUAGGUUUUAAAAAUAAAUAAUAAUACAAAUUUAAAACAAAGUCAAUUCGUAGUUACAAGAUUUAAAAACUCUAUUUAAUUACAAUUGCAUUAUUAUUAUUAUCAUUAUUCAUUAAAUUACCAAAAAAUCAUUUUUUAUUUACUUUAAUCAACUAUUAACAGCAGUUAAUAAUAAUUAUCCAGCCGCUACUGUACAGCGGUCAACGUGUUUAUUGCAUGCAUAAGGGGUAAUCGUUGAUUUUGAAAUAUUUAAAUUUUGGGUAAACAGAUAGUUAACUAUAUUUUAAAAUUAUAAGUUAACAUUUAAAGCAAAUAUUCACUUAAAAAAAAGUCACGUCAAUACGUUAUAACGAAAAGAAAAACAAAUUUUUUUCGGGGCCCUGGGCUCGCGCACCACGUGAACUUAGUGUUAAAAUGUCACUGAUAGGUAUAUAAGUGUGUAAAUAAUAAAUAUAUUUUGUACAAUGUAAGUAGGUGCUUACCGUGAAAGAAAAUAUCAUACAAAUAAUCGAAAAUUAAAGUUUAGUGUACAACCUAUAAAAAUAGAAAAUACAAAAUUUCAGUUUCAAAGAUAUUUUUUAGAACACAUACACAACUCUACUGAAUAAUCAACAUAUACACAAUAUUACACAAAAUUACAAGAUUUUAGUUUAUAAUAUUUUUUUAUUUUAUUAGGUUGUGGUGGAAAGUUUACUGCUCCUCAAGGAACUAUCCAUUCUAAUAAUUACCCACAGCAUUAUGAUUCCAAUAGUACUUGUACAUGGUAUAUUGAAAUUGCAAAAACGCAUUUAAUCAAACUAACAUUCGUUGAUUUUAAUACUCGGAGUAAUUUACCUGGAACAAAUAGUGAUAAAGUUCUAGUAUACGAUGGAGGUUUUGAAGGAAAAGUACUCCUUAACCAUUCUGGAAAUAGUAUACCACCACCGAUUAUUUCUUUGUCUAAUAAACUCUUAGUAUUUUUUGAAGUUGGUGAACGUGAGAUACGAGCUAAAGGAUUUAAAGCAAAUUACACUACAGUAAUUUUUAUUGUUUUUGAAUAUUUCAAUUAAUUAAUUUAUUUUAUUUUAUUUAAUAUAAUUAUUAUUUUAUUAGGCAUGUGGUGCGAAAUUAAUCACAAAUGAUUCUGGGAUUAUUUCUAGUGACCCAUAUGUAUCGAGUAUUUUACACGAAAACUGUACAUGGACAAUUAUAUCUGAUAUUCCUCAGUCAAAGAUCUAUCUAAGUUUUACGCAUAUCGACAUAGUAAAUAGUGUAAAUGAUUCUUAUAACAUGAUAACAAAUCAAACUACUGGAGUGUCUAUUCCUCCAAGGUAUCAUAAAACUAUUCGAAUUUUGGAUGGUCGUGAUUUAGACGCGCCUGAAAUAAUAAACUUGUGUAAUUCUGAUCAAAUUCCGCCAAUUAUUGUUAGUAAUGGACCUGCUAUGAUUAUAGAGUUCACUGGUAAUUCCAUUGGACUUGAUUCAUUUUCAGCUGUAUAUUCUGUAAGAUCGAUAGGUCAGUAAAUAUUACUAUGUAGAUAAUUGUUGUAUAAUAUGAUAUAUGUAUUAUGUACAUUAAUUUUAAUAAUGUCUAUUAGCCUGCGGUGGAACUUACGAUAUAAUAAGAGGAACAAUUUCCACACCCAACUAUCCAAAUAACUAUUUGAGAGAUUCCGAAUGUGUUUGGAUAUUAAAGUCAUCUGUCGGGAAUCGUAUAUCUUUAAAUUUUAUUGAUUUUCAAUUAGAGGAAGACGAAUUUUGCAAUGAAGAUUAUGUGGAAGUAAGGGAAAACGAUUCUAUUGGUACUAUUUUAGGUAUUUUUUGCGGACUAAAUUUGCCAACUAAUAUUACAACAAGCUCUACCCUAUGGGUUAAAUUCCGUUCGAAUUCUAUUGGCUCAGCCAAAGGGUUUACCGCAGACUUCAAAUAUGGUAACUGUAUUGUUAUAUAUAAGUAGAUACAUAAUACAAUUUGUUGCGUGUGAAUAAUUAUUGGAAUUUUAGUAACUAAAAACUAUCUGACACAAAAAUCUGGAGAAAUAUCGAGUCCAACGUACCCAAGAACAUAUAGAGGUAGUGAAGAUUAUUUUUGGACAAUAAAUGUAGACGUAGGAAAAAGAAUACAGAUUUUCUUAAAGGAUUUUAUGUGUUUAUCUUCAUUUCAUCAUUUGAAAGUACCUAAAUAAUCAAUAUUUUACUUACGUUGGUAAUUAUUUUUGAACAAAUUUACUUUUAUGUAUAGAUAUUUGACGGAGAUGGUAUUGAUGGAUUAAUUUUACUAGAACGGAACAACCUGAAUUAUAAUAAUGCUUUAAAUGAAGCCAUAACUUCAAGCUACAACGUUAUAUUCAUACAUUUGAUAGCUAGUAGUCGAGAUCAAGGAGGCAUAAACUUUGUACUAUCUUGGACACAAGUUGAUGGUUUAUAUCUCAAAACAUAUUAUCCAGAAUUUGAUCAAAAUCGUGAGUAAUACAUUUUAAAUAAGUAGGUACAUUAGUAUUUUAUGUUUAAAAUAAAUAAAUAUAUAUAUAUAUUUUUUUUUUGAUAAUACAGUUUAUACAUCAAGUUUUGAUUAUUAUUUAUCAAAGAGCACAAAUGAAAGUGUUAAUAUCACAAGUCCUGGUUAUCCGUACGGCUACUCAUCAAAUCUUAAUAUUACUUGGACAAUUCAUACAGAUUCAUAUAAUCACAUUGAAGUUGAGUUUAUUGAAGUAGAUCUUUGUCCCGUUCAUUUAAAUUCUUUCAGAAAUUUCGGCGACUAUAUUAUGGUUGAGACAAGUACAUAUUAUUUUCUACUUAUUUUAUUUAUUAAUUCAAAAUUAUGUGAAAACAUUAAUUCUCAAUUAUUUUACUUUAAUUUAUUAAGAUAUUUAAUACUUUUAUAUAAUAUGUUUAUAAUUUUGAUAUGGAUAUAUAUACAAAAUAAGUUAACUUAUUGUACUCACCAAGGUACCUACUAAUUUCAUGAUAUUGCGGUCAAAUAUAUUUUAUUAUAUACCAAUUUGUUUUAUGUAACACCUAAUUCCAAUACAAUAUAAUGUACUAUAGUUGAUCCUAGUACAACAGCACGGAUCGAAUUGAAAAAAAUCUACAGAUAUAAUAUUGAAAAAAAAGACAGAGUAAUCAUCGGUAAAAAUAAAGUAAUAUUAACUUUUGUGUCGGACAGUUCAUUAAACGGUACUGGAUUUAAAGCUAUAGCUAAAAUAAGUACGUUUGUUUCUAUAAAAUAGUUAUAGGAUAGUUAAUAAAAUAUCUAAUUUAAUAUCAUAUUUAUUUAUUUUUGGAAGAUUGCGGCGGUGAACUAACAGGUACUACCGGAGUAAUUGAUUCAUCUAAUUUAUUUUAUAGUCACUACUACUCAAAUCUGUUUUGCACAUGGAAUGUGACUGUACGUCCAGGGAGAACUAUUUUAGUUAAAUUAAUUACAAUGCAAUUUUCGUUGAAUCAAUGUUCAGUCAGUUAUGUUUUGGUAAAUAUAUAUUUUUUUUACUGUUAAAUAUAUACUAUUUUUUCAAUCCUUUUUUGACCAUUACCAAGUAUUUUUAUUAGUGGGAACAUGCAUACUACAGAAAAAUCAUAGUUGAACUAUUACCAGAUGUUAAAUUAAAUAAAUGCAUUUCAAUUAAUCUAGAAAAAAAAGUGUACUCAAUUUAACAAAACUAUUAUAUCAUUUAAUUGGAAAAAUAUUUUAAAUUGUUUCUAUUGGUAAAUAGAUAAACUUGCUAAACAACUUUAUUCUUAUUUAAACAUAUUAAUUUAUUUUAUGAUAUUUUACUGACAUAGACAGCUCCUAUAAGAACAAGAAAAUAUUUAAUUUAUAUUGAGUAAAUAUUCAUUUUCCAAUAUAAAAAAAAAUAAAUAUAUACUCAAUAUUAGUUUUUAAUUGAGGAAAUGUUUUUUAAUAUUUGUUUAAUAUUAAGUUUAUUAAUAUUAUAUUAAUAUUUAUUAUUAUUAUUCAUAUUAAUUUUAAUUAUUAAUAUUUUAUAUUAAAUGUUGGUGUGAUACAUUUUGAAAAUUGGAUUUAAAUAUUUAAUUUUCAAAUUAAAUAAAUAAAAAUUAACAUAACGUCUAAAAUAUUAAAACAUUAAAAACAAAAUAUUUAUUUAUAAAUCUAUACUAAAUAUUUAUCAAUCUUUAUCAUUGGAAAUUGUUACUGUGGUAUAAUAUUAAUAAUAUAUGAAUUUGUUUUUUGUACAUAAUAAUUAGGGCUGCGAAUUUAAUAUAUUGAACAAUUAUUGAAUGACAUUAAAAAUGCACAACAAAAGCAAAAGAAUGCUAAUAAAAUAUGCAUUAAACGUCUCAAAAAAUAGAAUACACAAUGGUUUUUAAUUUAAUUUUUAUGUUUAUUUUGAUAUUACUGAUAUUAGUAUAUUAUAUAAAUACAAAUUUAUUUAUUUAAAAAAAAAAAAUUAUAAAAAUGUUGAUCGAAUUUGAAUGCUGAAUAAGUUGAUUUUUGCAAUAUUGCUUUAUUUUAUCGAAUCCUUAUCUUUACCCAACCCGUAUAAAGCUUGUGUAAAAUAUUAUUUAUAAGUUAUAAUUUUAGCAUAUAUACAGCCUGUGCAAAACAAAAAAUAUGUGUGUAAAGAUGUUAAUUAACAGAAUUUGAUUAAAAAUAUCGAAAAAUGAACUGAAAAGGAAAAUAUGAUUUUAAAAGUCCAAAAAUGACUUUAAACAUUAAAAAUGUCAAAAAAUGUAAAAAUUAAAGUUUCAUAAAUAGAUUUGUUGUUACAUAAUUCAAAUGAUGUAGAUACUUAGAAAGCUACAUUUCACAAUCAUCUAAAACGAAUGCAUUUUCCUACAAAUUCACAGCCCUAGUAAUAAUAAAACAGUUAUAAAAACAGAAAUAUACAUUUUUAUUUUAGUUAAAAAAUGGUUUCUACGAGGAUUCGCCUGUUCUGGGAAGAGGAAGAUAUUGUAAUGAUACUACUGUAACCGAAUUAUCUACAACUGAAAAUAAGUUACAAAUACAAAUCAAAAUAAAAAUUAUUGAAGCAAGUAUAAUUUUUUUUUGUUUUUGUGGUAUUAUUAUAUUGUGUACAUAAAUUUAACUAAAAAAGACUGUCCUAGGAUAAUGGGGAUAGAUGCAGCCACUGUUGUAAGUGGGAUGUUAGAAAGAAAGGAUACAGAGGGGAAUUUAAUGUAAACAAUGAAACAGCGAUAAACCAUUGCUAACGAAAAAACGAUUCUAAGCGGAGUUCAGUUAAUAGUGAUACUUUAACAACAAUAUAUAACUUUAUAGUAACCUAACAUAACAUAUUACAGUAAAUUAAUCAGAUAGGCAUUUUAUAUUUUCUUUAAUAAUAUUUGUUUAAUGUUGUACCGAUUUUCUACGUUUUUCUUGGUUUUCCCAUAUUUUUUUCUAGUUUUUCACACUUUCUUGGAAAACUCUCGGAAAAAACCGAAAAAAAGAUUUCAUUAAAGUACCGCCGUAGUCAGUUUUCCUUUCAGAAAAAGUACUAUCAUUGUAAAUCGGAGCGAAAUUUCUGAUAGAAAAGUUGUUCACAGGAAAAAAGAAGAUCGUAAUAUUUAUUAACUAACACAUACAUUUCAUGCAUUCUUCCGUUUUCCUCCGUUUUUCCCCCGGUUUUUCCCAUUUGUUAAGAAAACUUCUGAGAGAAUCGAAAAAUGCCCUCUUUAAAGUAUCACCCAUUAAGAAAAUGGUCUACUUCGUAUACAUUGGAAUAAGCUUUCUGGUAAAAAAAGUGUUCAUAUAAAAAUAGACAUCUUUGUAAAACCAAUACAUUCUUCACUACACUCAGAAUCGUAUAUAGUUAAAAUUAUAUUAGGUAGUUAUAGGUACGUAAAAUGUGUAAUCAUAAUAAAUCCAAUUUCUAUCUAUUAAAAUUGAAUAAUUGUAUCUUCAGUGUAUUCAGUUAUAAAAACUUGAAUUAUAAUUAAAUUUAAAUUUAGAGAGUGCAAAUAGUAUUUGAAGAAAAAUCAAUCAACUGCGGCGGUGAAAUUCAUUUGGACAACUUAUACAAUAAUACCGAAAUUACUUCACCUUCAUAUCCGAAUAUACCUCAAGCUCACAUAGAAUGUAUAUGGAGAAUAGUGGCGCCCACCGGUGAACGAAUGUCAAUAAGUAUAGAAGACAUAGAUUUAUUGGCCGAUAUUGAGUAAGUAAAAAUUGAAAUAAUUUAUUUUAUAAUAUUGGGUGAACGGGGAUUAUGUCACACUUAUCUACCUACUUCGUAAAAAAUAUUUGUUUACAUUUUAUUACCCAGGUAUUGGCCCAUAAAUGAAAUAUAUAUUUUUAAAGGGUAGAGUUUGGGGAUUGGGUCACAAAUGUAUAACACAAAAAUAUAUAAUUUUAAUUAUAUUUUAACAAUAUUAUUUUUAUUUUUUUUUCAAUAGACAUAAAAUUAAUCUAAUAAUUAUUAAUUUUUUUUAUACACGGUGAAAAUUACAUCAAAUAUGUCAUAAAUAAUAAUAAUACGUAUAUCAUUUUUUUUUUCAAAUAUUUAAAAAUACAUUUUUUGUUUUUGUUUUUUUAUAGUGCGAUACAGACAUCACAUACAUCCUAAUCUGGUGUUUUUCCUUUUUUCGUAUUUUGUUAUUUCAUUACGAAUAUAACUUUGUCGAUUUAAAGUUCGUUUUCUUGUUUUUACUGUACAAUCCUGAUAAUUCUUUAUCAUUUAAUAUUGAACAAUCUAUUACCUUCUCAUAAAGCACGCGGUCACUGCUAGUAAAAUAUUAUACACAUUAUACUUGUAUAUUUUAUUAUAAUCUAGUAUUUAUUCAAAUAAUACAAAAAUCGUUUAAAAUAGUAUCUCAAUCAUUGGGUUUACUUGUUAUAAAUGUAAUAUUUUUGUGGCCCAAAUACCGUAUACCUAUUGAAAAAAAUGUUCUUUGUGGACCAAUUCUCGGACGCCCAUAAUAUUUAGUACAUAAGAAAAAUGUGUUACUAAUGUACUGUAAUUGUAUUUGUCAACGAAAAAAUAAAAGAUAAGGACUACAAAUUUACCAACAAUACUAUAAUUGUAGAAUAGAACAUUACAACAAAAUUACUACCUAUGUAAUACGAGAACAAUGUUACUUCUUUAAAUGCGAUUAGUUGUAGGUAAAAUAAAACAUAGUAUGUACUUAUAAUUGUCUUGAUUUUUUGUAGACUGGCAUAAAGCAUAAUUAUCUAUAGAUACCUAUACAAUUACACCUAAAACUAUAAACUGUGAAAUGUAAUGUCAUUUUAUUGUAAUACACCUAGGUUUACGUUAUAUUUUCUAAUAUAAUAAUUUAUGGAUAGGUAUUAAUUUUAUACAUGAUUUUUGUCAACAUUAUUAUCAUUAUAUAUUUUUUUUUUUUUAUGAUAAACAGGGGAUAUUUUCCUAUGAAGAUUGAAAUUUGAUCUACCUAAAUUGUAUUAUUCAUUUAUAGGUGCAAACAAGAAUAUCUCGAAUUCAGAGAUGGUGCUGCUAGAUUUUCACCGUUAAUUAUCCGUAUUUGUGAAAAUACCAACACUUUGGAUAUCGAAAGCACUAACAACUUUUUAUACAUAAAGUAUUUCACCGAUAUAAACGUACCUAGCAACGGGUUCAAAUUAAACGUGACUAUAGGUAUUAUAUUUUUAUUAAUACACAUUUGUGUUUAUUUGCUUAAUUUCAUACUAUUGAUGUAUAGUCAGGGCCGGAUUUAGGACUAGGCUACCUACUUAGCCUAGAGGCGCUACGACUCCAAGGGGCCAGUAGAACUAUAGUUUUUAUUUUUAAUGAAAUUCCUAUAUGCAUGCAUUGAAUUUACCAUUUACUAGAAAGAAAUAAAAUUAUUUAUCUGUUUAGUCAUUAGAAAUAUUGUUGAACAUAAAUACUUAAAAUUAAAUAAUGUUUUUCUUUUUGUAAAUCAAUUUAUCGAUGAAGUAAAAUUAUUCAAAUAGACAUGAUUUAGCCAAAUAUCAUUAAAAAAUUAUAUAGUAAAUGGGCGAUUAAACUUUACAUUAUAUUCUUUUAUGAUAAUAUUAUUACGUAUUUAUUUUCAACAUAUUCGCUAUGGGAGAAGAUCAGAAUACUCCCACGGUACCUCUACCUGACGUAAUAGACGACAACUGUGAUUACGUUUGGUCGAAAUCCUAUAUAAUUCUGUCAGAAAGUGUGAGAAGUUCUAAACAAGAAUUUGUCAGAUUGUUCCAUCUGGCUAUCUCAGAUGUAUUCGGGAACAGGAGAGGGAGUGUUAUGGUGUAUGAUGUUUUGUAGAUGAUAUAAUUUUGGUAGGAGAGAAUCUGUAAUAAGUUAAUAGUAAGCUUGAGGAAUAGAGAAUAACACUGAAAAUAAGGGGAAUAAGUAGAAUUAAGACAGAGUAGGAGUUUGGAGGAACAGGCAAAGAAAGUUAAUGAAAAUAAGCAGUAAUAGGCGAGGCAAUUUAAGAGGAUAGGCAAAAUUGGCCGAAAAGAGAAUGUUCUGAUUUUGGUCGAAAAAGGUCUCGUCCAUUUCUACAGGUAGAGGUACCAUAAGAGGGGCAGGCCGGUUUCAGUCAAAAAUCUAUCUUUCCAAUUGUAUAAAUUACAAAAUAUUAAUUAGACAAAUAAAUAAAUUUAAAAUUAGUAAGUUUUUCUAUUUAUGUAUGAUACAAUUUUUGUAUAUUAUUAAUUGAAUAUAAGGUAAAAAAAGUUAUAGUACAUAAAUAUAUAAAUAAAAAAAAUUAUUAUUAAAUUUCACACUUUUUAAUAUUUAUAAAAAUAAAAACAAAUUAAUUAAUAAAUGCGUCGCCUGGAGUAUUAUGAUAUGUAUAUUAUAUGACCGGAUUUGAAUUAAAAAUUUAUCAUUUGGUAUAUGAGUCAAAAUAUAAAAUGCGACUGAAUAUAAAAUAGAGCUGAUACUGGGGUUGGGAGCGGCCACUAGUUGUUUGAUUUUUUACAACAUGUAGGAGUAUUAAUUUAAAUAAAUUUUGGUGUUAAAAUUUAUGAUUUCCGUCAAACUCGUCAAACCGAGAUAUUCCACUUAUACAUUUAUACAAGGAGAGAGUAAUGAAACACUAAUAAAACUUCACACGCUGUGCCGCCAUACAAAUGAUAUUCCACUACUUUCUCCCUACCUAAACUUAAGAGUGAAAUAUCUCAUUAACGGAUUGACGAAAUUCAAAAAAGUUGAUAUCAAAAUUUAUUUAAAGUGAUACUCCGUAUUUUUAUGGAUUUUUUUUAUAUAGGUUCUCAUGUUAAAAACCAAAGUUGGUAUCGCAACAGGAUAUUCUUAAAAUAUUGUAAAAAAUCUAAGUAUUCGAAAAUAUCGGCUUUAAUUACUCUUAAAAAUUUCAAAAAUUAGAAUUUUAAUAUAUACAAAAUCAACGAAAAAAUUGGGGUGAGCAAGCUUAGUGAAUCAACUUGUAUAACCUUUAUUUCUCAUAAGAUAAAAUUCUUAUACUUUUUUAAAUAAGAAAAUGUUCUUUCAUAUCCAGAGCUUAAAACUGAAAUAGUUAAGUGGAUUUGUACAAUUUUAUGAAUUUAAAUAAAUGUUCUGUUUAUAUGUAUAUGUCUAUGCCUAUAAUAUACAUCCGAGAUUAGAGACAAUGAACGCCAUAAUAUUUAUAAUAUUUAAAAAUAAAAUUGAGAGAGGCAGUUCAGGGUCAUUGAAUAUUCUUUGAGGAUCAGGCUCCCUAAAACCCCCCUUAGUAAUGUGCCUGCCUCCCACAGAGAGACUUUGAAUGGGAUAUUUAAAAUAUUAUUGUGAUGUACAGUAUAGAAAAUCGAAGUACUUGUCCCAAAGAUAACGAAAUCCGAUCAGUUACACCAACUUAAAAUUCUAUGAUUUACCCGAUUUGGUUUUACCAUUUUCCCCUAUCUAAGCCAUAAGUCGUAGUUUUGCAUACACCAGGUCUUAUGUAUACGCUCUGGACACUGACUUCUUUGAAACAGUAUCAGCAUAGUAAAACAUUAUUUUAGACGAACUUUAUCAUAGAAGAUUUUUAUCAUAAAUGCAUCAGUAUUUUUAGUAUUUUAUUUUUUCUUUUAUUUCCUAAAAUAUUUAACAAUAUAUUAUUCAUUGUGCAUAGCAAAAUGUGGCGGUACUCGAAAAUCUCCUCAAGGCUCGAUUAUUUCACCAAACUACCCCGGCUCAUACGAACAGAAUAUGGAUUGUGAGUAUAGGAUUAUUGCCGCACGUGGUAGGCGAGUCGAACUGAAGUUCGAGACAGUGAAUCUGAAACGACGGAUUGCUAAAAGCGAAUUCGGCCAAGUCGUGAUGAACAACGAAACGUACGACGAUACGUUGACAGUAUUUGACGUGAACCCGCUGAACAAUAAUAGUAAUCAUUUUUAAUCGUUCAUUAUAAAAUAAGGUUUUCAGACAGAUGCUAUGGAAUUUCAAAAUAAUACAAAACUGCUUAGUUUUUUUUUUUUAAAAAAAACUUGCUUUUUUUUUUCUUGAAUAUAACCGUAAGAUAUGUCUGAUAAAAUAAAAGUUACGAAUUUUUUUAAUAUUUGUGAUCUCCCAGUCAAAAAUUGUAAAUAAUAAUAUUACUAUUGUAAUAUUAUCGUGGCUUAAUUUUCAGGGACAAAGAUAACAACGAUUUUUGGUUCUAAUUUACCAUUAGAUACUUUUAUUUCUACUGGUAGAGAAUUAGUGAUUAAAUUUAAAUCACAAACUAGAAACGGUCAAUUUUAUGGGAAAGACGUACAGGCAAAAUUCGCAAUGUAUUAUUGGACUUCAGAAAAUGGUAGGUAACAUAAAUAAAUUAUUACAUGCAUUUAACAUACAUACAUAUAUGAUAUAAUAUUAUAAUAUUUAUAUAUAUUUAUAUAUAUAUAUAUUAUAUAUGUAUACAAAGCAAGUAUAUAAAUAAAAUACGAUAAUAACUUAUUACUUUAGUUAUAUUUAUAAUAAAUAAAGGUUAUUAUAAAAUUAAAAACAAUACAAUUAUGGAUAAUAAACGUGUUACAAAAAAUUUACUAUGCCUAGAAAAGGCUAAUAUAACUUUUCUGUGCAAAUGUCAGCUCUCAACGGUUAGAUUUCACCUGUUUAAAACAAAAAAUCAAACUGAAAACUAACGAAAUCGUUAAUGCCGUAUACGUUUUCGUAUUUCCAACGUUUUUUCUGGUUUUUCCCAAAUAUGUUAUUUUUUGAUUAUUUCUGGUAGAAAAGUUGUUUACAAACACACACAUACAAAUAAAUAAAAAACUUAUUAUAGAAAAACUAAUAGUUCCCUCGCUGUCUUUGGAAUCUAAAAUAUACAACGGGUUACCGGUAUAGCAGUUCCUAACUUUGGAGUAAUUACUCCGUCAGUAGUAAUACGGGAUUUCCUGAGAGAUAAAGACUACACCAAUUUUUUUUUUUAUUAUUAUACGUACUGUAUAUUAUUAUUAAUUAUAUCUAUCAAAUUGUUUAUCAUUUAUUUUUAAUCCUUUCAACAAAAAAAUAUUUUAAAUUUGUAAUAUAAAUUAUGCAAUUUUAAUAAGAUUUCUAUAGUACUAUUAGGACGUUAAGUGUUAAAUAUUAUUACUUGAGUUAGUUGAGUUAUAUUUUAAAUAUUUGUUAUUUCACUCAUAUAAUACGACAUAAUACAUGCAGUUUCUUGUAGUUUUUAUGAUAUUUAUUGUUAUCUUAGCUUUUUUAGAAUUAUUGUUGAUACAACAUCAACAACCUCUGUAAACAUCUGACAAUUCCUUUAUAACGAACAAUCACAUUUGAUGGUAGAUAUAUUAUUAAAAAAAAAAUUGUUUCAAUUUUUAAUAGUUUACAACUGUCAGUUUUUAAACUAAACUUUUUGGGUGCUAUUUACUAUUAUCUAACCCGGAUUUUGGUUAACAGCCUCAAAAAGGUCGGGAACCAUUGGAUUGAACAAUAGAUAGAAUGGUUAUUAUAGUCAUUGGUCAGUCUUACCUAAUUAUCUCAUUUUAAUAAUAAUAUAGUGAUAGAUGGUAAUUUUGUGAAAUGACAACAAUAAUAUACAUCAUAUUACACUAUUUUAUUUUCAUUGUUAUUAUAAUUAUUGAAAUGUUGAUAUUUUAUUAGAAUGAUUUUUAAUGACUUUUUUUUUAGGUUGCAGUAAGAAUUAUGAAGCUGAAAGCGGUGAAAUAACUUCUCCCAAGUUCAAUUCACACACCAACUAUCUACUUUGCACGUAUCUCAUUACGGUACCUAGAGGACGUAGAGUUACUGCAGAAAUAGUGCGAGGAAGUUCAAUUAUUCAAACUUGUGAUGAUUAUAGACAAUCAAAAUUUCUAUCGAGAGAAUUACUUUUGGUUAGUAUUUUUUAGCGAAGCGUUUUGUAGUUAAAAAUUAAAUUUUCCUUUUCUUUCUUUUGUAUGCUUGUAUCGUGGCUACCUUAACAUAUUUAAAACUAUACACAUUUAUUUAAAUGACAGGAGCAAAAUUUAAAUUCUUCAAGAACAAAUAUAAUUGUGUUUAUCAUAAUAAAUAUAAUUAUAAUUAAUUUAUUAUAGUAUACCAUAGAUAAUUAUCUAAUAAAAUAUCGUAUCAAAAUCUGUUCUUUUAAAAUCUUGUUUAACUAAAUAACUACUUAUUUAUCAACACAUAAUCUAAACCGCUAGGGUAACAAACUUGAAAUAUUGUACAUAGGUUUCUUUUAUAAUUUUAACAUCCAUUAAGAAAGGAUUUUUGUAAAUUAAAUUCCUAAAUGGGGAAAAUGAAGCCUGAACGUUUAUAUAUAAUAUAUAUGCAUAGCCCAAACCACUGAGUCCAGAAACUUGAAAUGUCUUCUUUAUAUAUCAUAGAAAAGCAUAUUGAGAAAAGCUUUUUUUACUUCAAAAUUCAACCACCAAGUGGUAAAAAGAGAUUAACAGAUUAAAGGGGAUUAAACAGUUGAAUGCAUGGUUUUAUUUGUCUAUUUUUACUUCACACAAAGCAACUGAUUGGCACCUAUUUCGUAAGUUUUCCCGUUUUUCCUACGUUUUUUCUCUGUUAUUCUCAUUUAUUAUGAAACUUAUAGGAAAAUCAAAAAUCGACUUCUUUCAAGUACCACCCCAGUCAGAAUUCCUUUCAGAAAAAGUGCUACAUCAUUGUAAAUCCAAUAUAUUUCUCGCUCCACUCUAAAUCUAAAAAUGUCUCUAAGUGGCUUUAAAAUCGCCAAAAUGUUUUGAAUGUUUUGCUACGUCUAGAAAACGAUAUUUUAAGUAUUCUGUCAUUAUUUAAUUUACAACGUUAAUCAAAAUCGGAAUUACUUAAAAAUUAAUGCUGUCAUUUGCAGUUAUCUCCUACGUUUUAUCCUGCUUUUUCAAAAUUAUUAUAAAAACUGAUUGGGAAAUCAAUGAAUUAUUUACCAGAUUUUGUUAAUAAAAUAUCAUAAUGACACCUUAAAGAGAAGAGGGUACAGGGGAUGAUUUGAGGACCAAAAUGGAAUGUUCCGAGAAAAUUCAAACUGUUUCGCGUUGGGAGGUUUCCGGUAGGCAUUAUUAUUGGUCAACAUGUACAGUGUAUGGUUGUGUAUACAUGUAAACUGUACAUAGGUGAAGAUAAAACUAGUAUAUUAUAAUUAUAUUAAAAUCGAUAACAGUAUACUAGUUGAAAAUUAUAGUUUUGAUAUUAAAUUGCAUAUGUUUACAGAGUUUCAUAACCGAUACUAGAUAUGUAUUUCAAAAUGCCAUGUGUAUUGAUCCUGUUUUUAAUCCUUCGACAUCAAGAUAUGUUUACGAAUCUUCGUCAAAUAUAAUGGUUUUAAAUUAUGCAUUUCCACGUGGUAAACAGAAUGGUUUUCUAAUUAAAUUCUCGUCAGCUAAGCCAUCUAGUAAGUGAAAAUGUAUACCUAUAGCUAUUUCUUUUCAAAAUACUUCAUCACAACAAUUUAAUAUAAGAAAACAUGAUGUAUAGGUAAUAGAUAUAGGAUUUUAAAAAUAAUAUACAUAAUACAUUUUGGUGCACACAUAUUGCGUACUAGUCCCUCGAAUCGCGUCUCAAUAAAUAAAGGUAAUCCGUAUUGCAUCUCAAGUUUAAUUAUUAAACAUAUUUUCUGUUUGCUGGUUUCCAAUAUUUUCCAAACUGAUUUUGUAAGUACUUAUAUUUUUGACCACUUCCCAUGGUCCGAUCAAUUGGGAAUAGUAUUAAAUUAAGCACUUCAUACAAACCUAUUGCUUUACAGACUCUGGACUACACGGACUUUCCAUUCGAUAAUUGACUGCAGUUCAUAGGCAAAACAUAUAAACAAUAACAUAUUAUUAUAUAUAUAUUUUCUACUAGACACUACAAAUAAGAUUUAUGAAAACCACAAUUGUAUUUCAAACAUAAUGAACAUUCAUUAGGUACAUUAUUUUGCCGUGGUCUAAUAAGUCAUAAGUUUUCAUUAACACUGCAAUAUGGAAAGUAAACUUAAAUUACUAAUAAUGUUGACUGAAUAAAAUGGAAUAUUAAAAGUUGUUGAUGAUCUUUAAUUUAGAUGCUAUACAAAUUAUUCGAAUGAAAAUAUAAUAUUUGAUUUCCAUCUAUAAUGUCCAAAUAAGAAUUGCAAAGAUUUUUAUGAAUUGAUACGCAAAUUAGGUAACAGUCAAGUGUUAGCUUUAAUUCACAAUCACGAAAAUCUCUAAGGAAAAAAUUGAAUCGCUAAAAAUUUAUCAAUAGCUUAAAAUGGAAAACAUUUACAGGCCUAUCAGAGCAAACAAUAUUUUAUUUCAUAGACAAUUAAAAAAAGAAAACAUGUCCACAAUUAAACUAACUGAUGUUACGUAUAUUAAAAAUAAUAUGUAUUGUGUACUUAUAAACUGUUACCCUCAAUUACCCAAAACUGUUGAGGUUUUAAUCAGGUUUUAAAUUGUAUAGAAUGUAAAACUACAGAGAAUGAGCAAUUUGUAUUAUUUAAUAACUCAGAGACUGAUUUAGUUAUAUUCCUAAAUCAAUCCAACUUAUGCCCUUUUUUAGUAAAAUUUAUGUAUUUAUGUAGAUGUAACAUUUUAAUUUUAUUACAUUUUUACAUUUUUUUGUUAAUUAUUCACAGUUUAUGGAUUACACAAAUUGGUCUUUAUAUUAUGCUACUUUUUUUUUUAAAAAAAGCGAACAUCGACUUACAUCGAAGCAUUGAAAAGCAUUUAAUCGCAAAAUUAGUAAAAUAAAUCCUUCAUUUUUUAUUCAAAUAAUUUUCGUGGACUUUGUUAAGAUCAUACACAAUACUAUAAAUGUAAUAUUGACGAAAAAAAUAAUUAAAAGGAUAUCGAUUUAAUCUCAGCUAAUCUUGGUAGUGAAGAACUAGGCUUAGCUUCUCACUAUAUGGAAUAGAAAAUAAUAAAAUAACCAAAUACUUAUCAUUAACUUUUAGAUCAUAUUUCCUAGAACCAAACAAAUUUGGGGACUUGGUUUCAUCUAAGAUAUCUGCUAUUCAACCAGAAGGAUAUACAAUUAUAGAUUUUUCUAGUUAUUUAGUGGAUACAUAAUAUUAUAGAAACGAAGAUUUUAUAUUUUCUCUUGAUUUACGAGCAGAAAUAAAUUUAAAUUUACAAAGAACCACCAAUGAUUGCAAAUCUGUGCAUUUAAAAUUUAACAGCCUUUUUGAUAAAAAAUAAUGCAAAUCAAUAGUAAAAUAUUAAUUAAAAGUAGUCUGAAAAAGUCUGCGCACCUAGGAAACCACAAUAAGUAAAACUUUAAUAGUAUAUUAUUUAUAAAGUAAAAUAAGACAAUAAUAAUAAUAUAGAAAUUAAAGAUAACCUACUUAUGUAAACAUAUUAGCUAAUAAAUAUAAAUGCACAACAAAUUAAAUAUAUUAUGUUUUUAGAUUAGAAGGUACCUAUUGAAUUUAUUGACAACUACUGUCUACUUUUUUUUUUUUUGUAAAUAUGCAAUUAAACAUGAUCUUAUGAUUUAUUAUGAUGUACUACAUUUUAAUUGUGUGUGUGAUUUUGCAAGACAUGAUAUUAUGUAGUAAUAUUGUUGUAUGUUUAAUUUUAAAAAUCUAUUAAUUGUAAAUUAUUUGCCAAAUUUACAUUUUAUUUGGCAAUAUUACUUUAGGAACUCCUUAUGAAAAUGAACUGUAGGAUGAAAAAGUAAUUCGAUUCGCUUCCGGGACGCAAUUCAUUCAAAAAGAUACAUUUACCUAAAUUAGUACGCAAUUCGUGUAUGCCUAUACUUAUAUACCUAUAAGUACUAAAUUAAAUUGUCGUACACUGUAUAGUAAUAUUGUGUAUUCAUAAUUCAAUUUAAAUCCUUAUAAUUAUUGUUUUAAACUGGGGGGGAAGCAAUCAAAAAUAAAUAUUGUUGCAACAAUCGUUGUGAUAAUACUGUCUCGGAAAUCUUUCUUCAGAAAAAUUCAAAAAUAAAUAAUCUGUACAUUAUAUUGUUUAAUCAUAAUUAAAACUUUUUUUAACUCUUAAAAUAUUAUAGUUUGUGGUGAUGGCAUAAUAGACGCUAGUAUCAAAGGUAAAAUAGAAAUACCUACAGGAAAUGUAACUCAAUUCUGUACAUGGGAUUUUACAAACACCAAUGGAACUCUAAUAAUUGUGGCCGAUUUUAACAUUAUAACAACCAAACUUACGUGUAACAAUGAUGAUAUAUUGUUUGCAACUGACGGUAUGUGUGUACUUAUUCAGUUUUAUUUUAUUUAAAUUAAAUUAAAUUAUUAACAUCACAAUUAAUCGUCUACAACAUUAAUAUUUUUUUAGGAGACGAAAAUUUUCUGUUGAUGAAAUAUUGUUCAGCUUCAAUUAAGAACGAUAAGUUAUAUAUUAUAAGUUCAUUUCCUACGACUAAAAUUACAGUAAGACGUUUUUUUUUUGAGGGGGGGGGGGUAGAAUCAUUAUCUGAAUUUAAGCGAUUAAGUAAAUUAUUUUAAAAUACAUACUAAGAAUAUAUUUUAACGUUUCAUUACUUAGGUAAAAUCAGAUCCGAGAUUAGUUAAUUUCACCGCGACAUUUGAUUAUUUUAUCAACUCGUGUGGCGGACAAUUAUAUGGACAAAAAAUUACAAUUACUAGUCCUAAUUAUCCUCAUAAUUAUCGACAAAACAAUAUUUGUGCUUGGUUGGCAAAUCUUCCCGAAAAUGAAAAUAUUAUCGUAAGUAUUACAACGAUACAGUAAUUCUUUUUAUAUUAUUAUAUAAUAUAUAUAUAUACAUGAAUAUCUAAAUAUAUAAUAUUAGAUGAUAAAUUAAUUUAUAAUCAUCAUCAAUAUCACUGGCACUUAAUAGAACUUAGCGCAGAGGUUCCCAAGCAGGGUGCCGCUAACUUAAAUUUAGGGUCCCGCGAAAUUAUUUGAAAUAUAUUUUUUUUUUAAAACGACUUCAUGAAAAAUAUAGCAUUACAUUAUACUAUAGAGUCUGUAGUAUAAAACCUAUUGUGUAUAAUUAAUUAUAUAUAUUAUAAUUUAAUAUAUUAAUUAUAUAAUACAUAGGAUUUGUACAUAGUAAUAUUGCGAUCUUUAUUGUUUAUUAUUAACAUGUAACGGCAAAAUAAUAAAAAAACCAAAGUUACAAAAUAAAAAUUUAAAUUCACAAUGUAUUACUAUUGCGUAUUUAGUAUAGAGUAUAGGGAGUAUGUGCCUCCGGAUCUUUAGAAAAUAAUUAAGGGUGCUGUAAGUCAAAAAAGGUUGGGAACCUCUGGCUUAGAGUUUUCGCUGUCAUCACUAAAUUUCUGCUUCCCUCUAUAACUCCCGGCUUUGAAAUAUUUUCUUCCAAUUUUAUUUUCUUAGGGUUUUGGUAUCCAUCUACUAUAUCUAACUAUAUCUUCUGUGAUUUUUUGUAAUCAGAUUAUUAGAUUAUAGAUUUAUAAUUUAUAGAAAGGUAUAAAUCUAAUAUAAUACAUAAACAUAAUACAUACCUAUACAUAUUAAAACAUAUUUAACAUAUGUAUGGAUAUCAAAAAACAGUUAAUAUCCAAAGAUUUCUCAAAUUCAUCAUUUUAAUUAACAAACUGAAUUAUUUGAGUUAUUUAAUAAUAUUUGAAUAUAUUAUUUUAGAUACGUUUUAACGAUAUUGAUCUCGAAUCGUCAUGUGAUAAUAAUUACGUAGUAUUAUACGAUGGACCUAAUUUUGAAAGUCCUGUGCUGGGUAAAUAUUGUGGAAAUACUUUGCCCGAAAGUUUAACCACCACGUCCAGCACGAUUUGGAUAGUAUUUUAUUCCGAUAUUAAAAACAGCACCAAGAAUGGAUUCAAUUUAACUAUAGAAUCUGCGCCAGGAAGCUGUGGAAAUGUUUUUGUAUCGGAAACUGGUGUAUUUUCUACUAAAAAUUAUCCGAGCUUAUAUCCGAACAACGAAGAAUGCGAGUGGACUAUUGCGGUAGGGCCAGGUUACCAUAUCAGCUUGAAAUUCAUUGAGCGUUUUAGUCUGGAACAAAGUAUAAAUUGUACAAAAGACUAUAUACAAGUAAGAAUAUUACAAUUAAAAGCAGAUAUCUAUUAAAUUAAGUUUAACUUUAAUCACAAUAAAAAAAAGGCAUUAUUAUAUUAUAAAUGUGAUAUUUUUCUGUUCCAAAAUUGAACACUUUAUUAAAACUUACCGAAAGAAAAAUAUAAUUUUGAUAUUUUUUAGGUUUUCGACAACAUAAAUGAUAAUUGGGUACAAAUUGGAGAUCGUUUGUGUGGUCGUCAAAUUCCACCUGUAUUCAACUCAAAAGAAACAAAAUUAAAAGUUCGUAUACGAACUGAUAGCGACAUACAGGGGGAUGGAUUUAAAGUGAGUAAUGUAGAGAUGUCUUAUUUUUUUUCUAUUACAUUUCUCUCGUUAAUAUAUUCAUCCAGGCCUCUUGGAGUAGUAUUUGCGGUGAAAUUUUCACACAGAAUUCCGGCCGAAUAAUUUCACCAAAUUAUCCAGGACCAUAUAAACAAAAUCUAUACUGCAAUUACACCAUAGUCAGUCCCAAUAAGAAAAUAAAAUUGCUUUUCAAAUUUUUCCAUCUCGAAGGUACACGAAUAUUAAUUAAUUUACUUUUUUUAUAUGAAAUUUUAAAAGUAAAAAAAUAAAUAUUUUAAAUCACAUAUUAUGCGUGACAAAAAUAAUGAAUUAUCGUAUAUUUUUUAUGAUCUAUCAGCAGGUGGUAAAUGUGGUUAUGAUAAUUUAACUAUAUAUGAAAAUGCAGAUUAUGUAUAUAAUCCUAAUAUGAAUUCUAGAAGUUUCUUUAAUUCGAUUGUUGGAAUAUAUUGUGGAUAUUACACUCCAAAAACUUUAACGCUCAAUAAUGGUGUUUAUAUUAUAUUCCAGACAGAUGGAUAUGCUAAUUACAGAGGAUUCGAAAUACAUUACAAAAUAGAGGGUAAUUAAAUAAAUAAAUAAAACAUUUUGUAGGAAACACGGCACAUAUUUAAAAUCAACCUUAAUGAAUUACCAAAAAACCUACUUCAAUGUGAGAAUGUACCUGUCUUUUCCUUUUUUUUAAAAAAAAUAAAAAUAGAUUUUCAAAUGAAGCAAAUUAUAAAUAAUAAUGCCUAAUUGGUUUAAUAUUAAGUUUAUACAAUUUAUCUAUAGAUUGUGGAGGUGAAAUUACGACUCCAGGGUUAAUAAAAUCAUCAAUUGGUUCAGAUGAGUUAGCCAACGGAUACCCGAGUAAUCAAAACUGUACAUGGAUUAUUCGAGCUCCACCAGGACAGCGUGUACAGCUUGUGUACGUUUUACUUUACAUGAUUAAUCUUUGAUAACAUAUUUUUUUUUGUCAUUUUAUUUAUUUUACAGUUUUUCUAAAUUCCGAUUAGAAGGAAAUAGAGAUAUGCCAUCAUCGUCUAUACAAGCAGGAAAUAAUUCAAUAAAUCCAGAAGACAUAUGUCCAUACGAUGCUGUUUUUAUUUUUGAUGAAACUAGUAUAAAUAGUAGCACUCCCAAAUAUCUAGGAGUAUAUUGUGGAGUUUUAGAAAAUUCAUUACCCGAGGUUAAGUCUGAAACAAACGUAAUGUAUAUACAGUUAAUUACUGAUAGCUCGAAAACUGACGAAGGAUUUGUUGGUGAAGUUUCUUUUAUAUACGGUGACUAUUUGUAUAAUAAACAAUUUUUUUCUCAAUUACUAAACAUUAGAAUACAAGAUAUAAUACCAACAUUUUUAAUUAUACAAUUAUUUGAUUUAAAUAUUGUAAUGAAUAUAUGUAUGAAAAAUAUAUAUAAUUUAAUUUUUUGCUUUGUUCUGUUUAUUUUUUUUUUGUAAUAAUGUAUUAUUAAUAUGUGUUUACUUAUUUAUUUUAUUAUUUAGAUGAAUCUAAAGGUUGUGGCGGUACUAUACGAUUAAACUAUUCAAAUAGCAAUUAUACACUGAAAUCGCUAAAAAUGCCGAUAAAAAGUAAUCUUGAUUGUGGAUGGUUAAUAUUAGUAGAGCCAUCAUAUGUUGUUCAGGUUCAAGUUGUUAAUUAUGUAGAAACGCCUAAAUGUCCAUUGAAUACCACGAAUUGCCGAUGCAGUUCCAUCCAGGUUAGAAAUUAUGUAUUAUUAUUGACUAUUAUUAAAUUUGUGUAAAAUGUAAUUUUUUACAUAUUUUAUUCGUUCACGCAUAUUUAUACAUUUAAAACUAUUUAAUAUCUAUAUUGGUAGUGUAGUAAUUAUAUCAAUUUUGAAUUUCAGUUCUUCGAUGGUCCCGGACGUACAGCUCAAAUAAUUCGUCAAUUGUGUCCAGAAAAUAAUAACAAUCCUCCUUUGGUGUCAUCUACAAGUGAAGCUUUCCUACGAUACCAAAUUUUCGAUAUCGAUUUAGACGUACAUUUUGAGAUAAAUAUAACAUCUAAGAUUUGUAAUUCAACUAUUAUACGCAAAUUAAAUAAAGCAAUAGUCUUAAGAUUGGUUUUAUUUUUUUAAAUUAAAUAGCGGUCUGUGGUCAAAGGGAAUUAUCCUUGACAAAUGAAACUCAAAUAUUAACAUCUCCAAACUAUCCAUUACCGUACAGGAAUGAUUUGAUUUGUACUUGGUCUUUGAAAUUGGAUCCUUCCAUGCCAAUUGUCACGAUAAGUUUCAUUGAUUUGGAUUUAGAAAACACCAAAGACUGUUCGUCUAAUUAUUUGGAAAUACGCUAUAUGCCGGUAAAUAUUUUUAAAAUAUUGAAUUGCAAUAAUUGUUUGAGGAAAAAAAAAAUGAUAUAUUGAUUAUUUUGUAAUUUGUUAUAAAAACAUAUUAGCUCACUCAAAAUAUUUUAAAAUUAAUUGAUACAUUUGUAUUUAGAUGAAGGAUAUGACAAAAUAUUUACGCAUGUGUCAUCAAGAUCAUAAGUUUGAUUUCAUGCAGUAUAUGUGGUCCAAUACGGUUGACUUAAAGUUACAUACAGAUAGUCAAAAAACGUCUAAAGGGUUUAAAUUAGAGUACUCGAGUUCAAGUAAAUUUAUAAAAUAAUUUUAAUUAUUAUUUACAGCAAAAUUACCUGUGAUUAUAUUGAUUUAAUACCAGUGCUAUUUUAAAUUAGUUAGUAUAUAUUUAUUUACCUACUUGUUAUAGACUGCCGAAAAACAUACAAUAAAGAAAACGGGCGAGUAAUUAUGAAUUCAAAUCAGAAAAAAUCUCCUGUGGUGUGUACAUUUACAAUAAGCUUGAACCAUCCAAAUUUAACGAUAUCCGUUUACUUUUCAAAAAUAAAUGUGCUGAACCAAAAGGAUAACAAUUUUUUAAAAGUAGGUACCGCAUUUAUUUAAUAAUUGAUGUUUUUUGUUGCAGUCCGCUACCCAAAACAUAAUAUUUCAAUAAAUAUGAUAUUAUGUUCAUUUCAGAUUUACGACGGACCGUCCGUCUUUUCGCCACUGAUUAACGCUGAUAUACCAAUGAAGUACUCAGGUCCAUUUUCGAUUUUUUCGACUGGUCCAUCAUUAACAAUGUCCUUUAAAAUGUCGCCUGAUUUUAUUGGGAUGUUUGAUAUGAUAUACACUUCUACGAAAGAAGGUGAUGCGAUUUUAAAAUGGUUAAAACAAUACAUUCACGUGUAUCGUAAUAUUAUGAUUUAUACAGUGCGUUAUAUUUAAUCGUUUAUAAUAUAGGCAGAGGCUGCGGUGGUAAAAUUUACAACACUGAAGGUUUGGUGACCAGUCCAUUAUAUCCAUAUGUAUACAGGAAGAAUGCUACUUGCAAAUGGGAUAUCGCCGUACCCAGACCACACUCAAUUAAUAUUUUAUUUAGAAGUUCGUAAAAUUAAAAAUGUUUUUAUCUUGUAUGUUAAUAAAUAAAUAAUAAUGUUUAUUUGUUUUCAGGUUUUGAUUUGGGUACUAGAAAAUCGUGCGAUACCGAUUAUUUAGAAAUUUACGACGUUAAUCAGAUGACGGAACAGUCAUCGCUUGUAACAAAAUAUUGUGGCCAAGUGAGUAUAGCUGUUACAUUGUUCAAUAAAAUAUUAUAAUAUUUUAUUAUUUGAAACGUAAGCGUAAUAAUUUUCAACGUUCAUUGAGAAACUAAAAAUUUUGAUUUGUGUGAAUUGUUACUGUUACGAGAUUUAAGACCUACCAUAUGGACGUUCAUAUACUCAUAUAAAAGUAGAAAUGGAAAUAAUUUUUAAUAUACUGAUUAGGUAACUUAGUUGCUUACAGAGCUGGACAUGAUUUCAAAUCCUUUGAAUUUUCAAAAUCCAAAAUUAAUUCCAGAUUUUAGAUUUUAAAAAUAAGUUUAAAAAGGAUUUUGAUUUUAAAAAUUAAAUUUACAAGGAUUUGUAAUUUGAUUUUAAAAUACCAUUGUAAUGAUUUUGAAUUUCGAUUUGUCAGUUUUUAACAUGAACUUGGAUAACAUAUUUUUAUACUUUUAUAGUUCGUGGUUUUUAAAAAUUAGAAAAAAAAAAAUGUGAAAAUGGUUACCAUGGUUAUUAGAUACAUGUUAACUGUGCUCAGUUACCAAAAACAUUUAUACUAAACAUUGAUAUCAUAUCAAUAUGUCUUUAGAUACAAUAAUAUUAAUAUUUAUAUAUUAUUAUUAUGUCCUUCACGAACGUCUCUUUGUAUUAUACAAUAUAGACUAGCUGCUGGUCAAAGCUUUAAUGACAACGUUUUAAUAUUUUUUUAUACCCAUAAUUUUACGUCAUUUUAUUUUAUCAUAGUAUUUUCUGUUUAAUUUAGAACAAUGUGUAUUUAUUUAUGAAAUAUUUUUUGAAUGUCAAAUCUUCUGUAACCUUUCUUAGAAAUUUUGGGAAAACAGGCAAUGGGGAAAAUAAUUUUUGGAAAAAAACAAUUGGGGAAAACAGAUUAAGAAAAGUGUCUCCCUACCAAAUUUUUUAUAUUUUUAAUUAGCUGUCCCGCCUGUCGUUGUCCGUGUAAAUUUUUUAUUAUGUGUUUUACCCAUAUUAUUUUUUGGUAUAUUGACCGUGUUGGUAUUGAGUGAAAACAAUUAGGCGGAAAGUGGUCCACCGAAAGUGGUUCGUCGGACUAAAAGUAUUCUGUUAUGACAUAUAUUUUUAAAUUUUAAAUUACUAUUUGCCUUAAAUAUCAAAGAUUUUUGGAUACACCACGUUAAGUAUCUCAUUUUUGUGGCCAGCAAAUUUGUUUUGCAUGUGACACGUGACAGAGCCACGUACAAUUGACCACGGGAAAAACAUUGGACGGUUAGGUCUAAACUCUAAACCAUCAAUAUUUAAUAUUUGAUCUUGUGCCUUAUUUAUGGUCAUUGAAACAUUGAUAUCAUUGGUAAGACCAUUUCCCCCGCUCAAUAGCCAGUAAGAAUCAUACACUCAAGUAAAUAGUUUUUUUAAAGAUUUUAUUUGAAAUUUUGUGUGUUAUUAAUUACCUCAGAUACGUUUUGACCGACCUUUUAAACUUUGUCUAUAGAGUAUAUAAAGACAACGAUUAUAAAUUGCUAAAGUUGCUAAAUUGCUUAAUCAGUAUGUUGAAAGUGGACUAUGAGCCUCGUGACAAGCCAGUUAUAUCAAAACUAGGUUCGCAGUCUAUAGGUUGGCGUGUUCUAGCGAACCAAGCAUUCCUCUUGAAGCUGCUGAUCGCAUGAAAAACCAACUGUCUUACUGAAUUACUCAGCCAAGUUAAUUUAAAAGCUUCUAGAUUUUCAGUUUCGUUCUUUCGUUCCGUUAUUUAUACCAAAUUGCUAUAAUAUAAUUAUAUUCUUAUUAAUAUAAUUAAUAUAUAAUUAAUAUAAUUAUAUUAUUAUAAUCAACGAAUCUAUAGAAUGAUGUGCAUUGAAAACAGGGGCCAGUUCCAUAUAUUUUUUCGUGUUUACAAAAUCUAUAGCAUAUUUAACAUUAAGCAUUUAGUAUGGGUUUUCAAUUUUUUUUUAGCAAGGGUAUCUAUACUUAGGCCUUAGGGUAAUGGCCCGUUUUGUAAUUACUCAACAAAAUAGGUAUUUCACAAUAGUAUUUAACAUUAUUUUAUUUAAAAUGAGCUGGUAAAAUGUAUCAAAAAUCGUUAUCACAUCAAUAUUAUUAACGGUGGUUUUGUUCUGAUUGUUAGGACGUCCCGGCGUAUCAUACUAGUCAAUCGGGAGCCGUUUCCAUUCGUUAUGUAACAUCCACACACAGCACUGGUUCGGGUUGGACAAUGCGCUUUCAUUCCGAACGUCAUGAUGCGCGUACUGGAGACAACUACUUUCAAUAUAAUAUAGAAUAUGGCGAUGAAAUAAAUUCAUAA